UCAGCUCCUAAACUAGUUAUCGUGACAUAUAAUCGGAGAAUACAUAAAGCUCGACCAAUCAGAUGUCAGUUCUAGCCUUCUCGUAAUACAAACCACGUUAUGCUGCAAGCGAAUCAGAAGGAGAAUCGGCCAAGAAAUACAAAAUGCGGUUUUGAAAACCAUCUUUUCAGCGGAGUUUAAAACACGUCAUCGAAAUUAUACAUAAGCCGGUUUAAAGGACAAGUAUCUCAAUGGAUUAGUGUCUUAGUUUUGUUUCAUGAGUUCAACCGCCAAGAAAAUUUGCGUAGAAAACAUUGUCUAAUGCGGAAAUUAUGAAAACAUUGCUCUCUCCCGCUCCGCGCUAUAAUCAAAGAGUGAAAACACACCGCACGAAGUCCGGCAGGAUUCUUUGCACUGGGAAAGGUUGUCUUGGAUGUAAUCCGCAGCUGUUUGGCGAUAAAAGUGUCGUAGAUGCUUUGGGAGAUGUUGAUAGUGUUGUGUUUGAUGAAAGGAAGGAUUUAGGAGUCGUUCGACGACGAAUUCGUCCUGAAACGUCGCCGGGUUGUCAUGGGGAUAGUCAUAAGCAAAGCUCAGGAACUAAUGGUCAAAAAACUAUUAAGAAAUUGUCGAAUUCACAGCAAGAUAAAACGCCAUCGAUAUUGGUAACAAAAAGUGCUGCGAAAACAGGAAAUGGUGAUAAAGGGACAUGUAAACAGAGGAGCGAGGUAGAAAAGAGGCACGAAGGUGGAAAAAACGGGAAAACAAAUCAGCAACAAAAUUUCAACUUACUUAAAGUACCUAAAAGCACAUAUUAUAAAAAGAUAUCACAUCAGCACAAACGGCGUCAAAAAGAAAGCUGCUGUGUUCAAGAUUCAAAAGAAGAAACGCGAAUCCAAAGUUCGCCUGAUAUUAGAACAAUACAGCAGAAACACGGCGCAUUUUAUCAUACUUUCCCAGGAGUCAUUGCAAAUCGUGGCCAGCUGGACCUUAGCGACCAAGCUUUUGCGAAAACAAAUUUCUUAGAAAUGCUUAAGAAAAGUGAGACUGGAAUUUAUGACGUCAGAAUAAUGGAGUUGGAUAAGUCAUCGAAAUGGGUGAACAGAGUUUUAGAGCAAGGAGCAAAAGUAGAGGAUUUGCUUCCUAGAAUACCGCAAGUUUUUCGGGAGAGAAGUUCUGGUGACGGAUCCGAGAAACAAAUAUGUGAUAAAAAUACUCAAACAGCAACCUUUUCUCAAAUGAAAACUUCGGUUAACUUUGCCGAGACGGUGCUUCGGAAUCGCUUCGUAAUGCAAGGCGAAGAAGCGGUCGUCAUUGUGGAACACGAGCAUGGCAGCUCGACAGCCGAGCACGACACGAGUCUUUAUCGAUUAGGCUUUGCUAUGGAACAAGUUGAUGGCCCAAGGAACUUCCCGAAGUUCUCGAUAUUAGAAAUAGCGGAGAGUCUAGAAGAGUUUGUGCACAUGAAGGUCAUCAAAGUGAUACAGAGGAAGGAGAGAAUGUGGCACAUUCUUGUGAAGGGACGGAAAGUGAGGGACUUCUUGGUCCGGUGUGGAGUUGUCCUAGGCGGAAGGCAUUUUCAGCUGAUUGAGCUCCGCAAGAAGGCAACACUAAGAACUUAAAUUAGUCCCUCUUUAGUUAUGGUAUUGAUAGUAGGAGAGAACUAACGUCGCGCGCUUUGUGAAAGGCUGUUACAUGCGCAUGCGCUCGACCAUCGUGGACACGCUGUAUUCGCAUGCCAAUUAUUUUAUUUAUUUAUUUAUUUAUUCAUUUAUUUAUUUAUUAGCUUCCACCAAGAGACCAUGAUGUUCCCUUGCUUCCACCAAAGGUGCGGAACACACAACAGGGCGGGGCCCCAAAUUAAGUGUGCCCGGAAACACAAUUCGCAUCGACAUGAACUUUAUUAAAGCCGCAUUGUCACCAGUUUACUUCCGGUCGAUUUCUUAUCAAUCUCCUAUGAUUUUUAACGGAAAACGCGAAAAAAUAUUUCAAAACAUUGAAAGCAGUGUGUCUAUUGGAGGUUUCUUUGAGGAUGUGACUGAUGAUUUAGAGCGGACGGCAUGUUUAAAAAUAUCUCGGAUUCUAACAUGCCAAGGCUCAGAUAGCAAAAAAAAAAAAUCUUUUUUAGUCCUGAUGCGUUCUUAAAUGCAGAAUUAAAUUGUGCUUGUAGUAACAACCUUAUUAUUGCUAUUGAUCAUCACUGUAGUUCUCUUCCUAAUAAUUCAUUGGAUAUUAUAUUCUUAUAAACACUAAAAUUAAAGAACAUCAUUAAGAACAUAUUCAGCCUUAAAGUGUCCCAAAAAUAAGGGCCCAGCCUCUACUUAUAAAAAAACAGUGUGGAUAGAAAAUUGAAAGAUAACAAGAUAUAUCCAGCUUAUAUUCUAAAACUAUAUCCAGGUAUCAUAUUCUGUAAAUUUAUUUUAUUUCAGUCGCGAAAUAUUAUAUACUCUAAGAUCAUAACGAUCCAGAAUUUUA